CAUGGAAUGGAUAGAAAUUAGAAAUAGAUUAAAAGGAAGCCAAGCAUAAGUUGACCAAAAGUUUACUUAAUUUUAAUAUUUAUUCAUUAUCCUAAUACUUGAAGGUGACUAGUAAAUUAAAUAACUUCAACUAACAAACCUUCAUUUAUAAUUCAUAAGGUGUACACAUUUGUAUGUUAUAAAAUAUGGCUGAUAGUGAUGAUGAAUAUGAUAGAAAACGCCGUGAUAAAUUCAGAGGAGAAAGAGCAGAAGCUAGUUAUAGAGGUGCUGAAAGGGUAGCGAGACCAAGAGAUGAAUGGACAGAAAGGGAUUCAUGGUCUCGCCCUAGACCAAGGGAAUAUAGAAGCAGUGUUCGUGAUAGAGGAUAUUCGCCCAAUAUGGAGCCAGUUCCCAAAAGAAUUCGUCAUGAUUAUUAUGGAGGCAGCGGCGGAGGAGAUGGUUAUUAUAACCAUUAUGGGGUUAAUACUUACCAUCAGCCAGCCUACAGAGAAACGAUGAGUGCUCAUACGGAAGGUCAACAACCACCUAUGAUGUCUUUUAAGGCUUUUCUAGCUACUCAAGAUGAUAAUAUUUCUGAUAGCGAGGCUAUAGAAAAGUACAAUGAUUAUAAACUGGAAUUUCAACGUCAACAGCUUAAUGAAUUUUUUGUGGCUCAUAAAGAUGACGAAUGGUUUAGACUUAAGUAUCAUCCAGAAGAAUCUGUAAAAAGGAAAGAAGAGCAAAAGGCAGCUUUGAAGAGAAGAGUUGACGUCUUUAUAGAGCUUUUAAAUGCUGGAAAAAUAGAAUGUGUUAAGGUGGAUUGUGCGGAAACCAACAAGUUACUUAAAUUAUUAGAUACUGUUGUUAUCAAACUCGAGGGAGGCACCGAUGAGGAUUUAGCUGCUCUCGAACAAGAGUAUGAAGAAAUGGAACAAAAAUACAGAGAACAAAAAGCUAAAGAAGCCGAGGCUGAACAAGAAAAAUCCAAAAAUCAAGAGAUUAAAAAAGAGUUAGAAGGCGAAAAUCCAAAACCUGUCGAUGAAGAGAAGCCAAAUGGUGAAGCAGAUGAUAAGGAAAAAGAUAAGGAAAAAAAUGAGGAAAUUGAAAAAGUAGAAGAUAAGAUCGAUGCUGAAUCUCAACUUCAACCCGAAGCUGAAAAAGUAUCUUCAGCAGACAUAGAAAAUGAGAACACUGAGGAAAACGAGUGCGAAGCUGGAGAAGUUCAAGAGAAGCCAACAGAAGAUAAAGCGCCAACAAAAGCUGUUGAAGAAACAGAAAAAAUUGAAGAAAAUGUUGAACCUGCGGCGAUGGAUACUACAGAGCAACCAGAGAAAGACGGGGACAAAGUGGUUACUUUUAAAACUAAAGAGAAAAAACGGAAGCGGUCAUACUCUGGUACCAGUAGCGGUUCUUCCAGCUGUAGCAGCGACAGCGAAAAUGAAGGUAAAGACAAGGAUGGUAAAGAAGAGAAUGUCGCAGCCGACAACACCGAAAGAGAUAAAGAUAUACCAGUUCAUACUAUUGACGAGGACGACAGACUCAAAAUUGAAAAGCCAAAAUCUCUUCAUAAAACUACUUCGAUAUUCUUAAGAAAUUUGGCUCCUAUUAUUACCAAGCAGGAAGUAGAGGCCAUGUGUUCUAGAUAUGAUGGUUUUCUUCGUGUGGCAUUAGCUGAUCCUCAGCCUGACAGAAGGUGGCUACGAAGAGGAUGGGUGACAUUCAAACGUGAUGCUAACAUAAAAGAAAUCUGUUGGAACUUAAACAAUAUACGUUUGAAAGAAUGCGAAUUGGGUGCCAUCGUGAAUAGAGAUCUUAGUCGAAGAAUUCGUCCAGUGAAUGGAAUCAUAGCCCAUAAACAGGUCGUGAGAUCAGAUAUUAGAAUAUCUGCUAAGGUUGUUUUGCAUUUAGACACCAAAGCUGGAUUGUGGUUGGAGAAUGAAGAUAAGAAAAUUAAGCCUCAACAAACUUUUGGACUACUCUCCAAUAAUCCAGUAUUGCACAAUAUAACGGAUUACUUAAUAGAAGAAGCCAGCGCUGAAGAGGAGGAACUUCUAGGUUUAGAUCCUACUACAGAUGCCCAAGAUGCUACAUCUGUAGUUGAAAGAGAUGAAAACUUGAUAACUGUUUUGGAUCGGAUUAUUCUAUAUCUUAGAAUAGUACAUUCCGUCGACUACUACAAUCAUUGUGACUAUCCAAAUGAAGAUGAAAUGCCCAAUAGAUGUGGAAUCUUACAUGCUCGAGGGCCUCCACCAACUAGUAAGACCGAUAUGACCCAGUUUAUUGGUUUGCCCAUAGAAAAUAAAGUGGCUGCCUUCUUACCAGAAAAAUUACAUCAAGAAAAAGACAAGAACGAAUCGAAGUUAGUUCAUUUGGCGUUAAAGAACGUAGAUACUGAAAUCGAUAAAUUUGUACAAGUUAAUACAAGAGAAUUAGCCAAGGAUAAGUGGUUGUGUCCGUUAUCUGGAAAGAAAUUUAAAGGUCCAGAUUUUGUUCGGAAACACAUAUUUAAUAAACAUGCUGAGAAACUUGUAGAAGUAAGAAAAGAAGUGGAAUUCUUUAAUAACUACCUGAAAGAUCCCAAGAGACCAAUGUUAGCAGAAGCUCCUCAACAAAAAAGAGAAGAACCUGCUAACUACCCACAUAUGUUUGGUGGGGGUGGAUAUGGUGGUUCUGGGUACACUAGACCUGCUCCAUUCUAUAAUCAAAGUUUCGUUCCGAGAACACGAGGUUACCAACCAAGAGGAAGGGGAGGACCAACAGAUUUCAGACCAGUUAUCCAUUACAGAGAUCUAGACGCCCCAAGAGAACCAGAGGAAUUUAUUUGAUUGAUGUAUUUGUUUUAAUAUUAGGUGACAGUUUUUGAUUAAUUUGCUUCUUUCUAAAGAUAUCUAGAGGAAUUUUUUUCCAAUGAUAGUGUAUUAUUUCAGGAUGAGUUUUAUAUCGAUUAUGCUUUUAGUAGUUAAUAAAGUAUUCACAUACUGA